AAGGCACGGUUGGUUUGUGCUUGUGCAGCAGAGAAUGUGAAACCUGUUGAGCUCAAAAGCCAGUGCAUGCUGUGUACAGACGAGACACGUCAACCGAGUCCCUGGAAUCAUGGAGGGAGAAGGAAUGACCGGUUUAGGAAAAUAAACACAAACAUUUCAGAUUGAUAUUCCUCAAGGAUGGCCAGAACGCUCAAUUGUUUCAUGACUCCUAGGUCCAUCACAUUCUUCAUGAUAUUUGCUCACGUUCUUACGGCAGUCAUUGCCGCUAAAGACAGCAAUCAUAAUGUGAAAGUGAACGUGGACGUCAUGUACCACAUGAAUGGCGACGAUCAACAUAACCAAUGCAACCAAGAAACGCAAAAAGUGUCACUGAGUAUACCGAAAGAAAUUCUUGACAAAGUGAUCCAUGAACAACAGAGACAGCUAAAUCGUGGAAGAGGUGGAUCCCUGGAACUAAACCAGUUAAGCAACCCAAGUGUAGCUGAUUAUAAAGAGAGCAGUUGUGCGCACUGCGGCCUGAGCGUCACUCCACAUCUCAUGCAGCCCUUCACGGUUGGAGAACUUGUCCAAGCAUGUGAAUCUGGAGCUGCUCGGAUGAUACCAGGAGCCUGUGCACAGAUGGCUGCAUCUUGGGUUGAGGAGAGCAGUGAUCCAAAAAUCGUUGAGACUUAUUCUCUUGCAAUGGUGGAGAAAGGAUUGGUUCCUUUUGCCACGGGCAAUCGAAAGGUGGAUUACCAACUGGCCUAUGGAGUAGUUCUGCUGAACACAGGUCGCUAUGAUGACGCUAUCUACCACUUGAAUUAUGUUGUGGUAGACCACCCUGACCUGGUAGGGGCCUACUAUACAAGAGGGGCUGCAUAUGCCAAGAAGGGCGUACGGUUUCCAGUGAAUGCAGAGCUUGCUCUGCAGGACUUCACCAAAGCUAUUGAGCUCAUGCCUGAUGCAGAGGAAGGGUGGGAAAAACGAGCAGAGGUGUAUUCAGCUCUUGGGAUGCACAAGGAAGCCAUGUCAGAUAUGACAAAAGCGAUAACGAUCAAGCCAACCGCUAAGCUGUACGCACACAGAGCAACCGUGUACUUCAGAGAUGAGGAUUACAUUGGAGCAACAAAAGACUUCUUGGAGUCGGUUCGAAUCAACAGACACCAGCCAGAUAUUUACCACCUGCUUGGCCUUGCUUUGUAUCAUCAAGGCAAAAUCAAAGAAGCCAUUAAAUACUACAACGAAGCGCUCAAACAAAACGCCAACUUUGUUGACUGCCUGAGGAGUCUGGCCCAUGCAUACAGAGAACUUGGCAACUUUGAGAAAGCAUUGGAGAAAUUCAACGCAGCCUUGGUGAUCAACCCUAACCAUGUGCAGUCACUCCAACUCAGGGGAAGUUUACUCUACCAGGCUGGUCACCCAAGGCAAGCAUUACCAGAUUUCAAGGCUUGUACCUCAUUGGAACCUCACAACAACGUCUGCCAGUACAUGAAGGGGUUGUCCUAUGCAGCAAUAGGACAGUUUUACCAGGCUAUCAAAUCCAACAUCAGACUUAAAGUACUACACAUGCCUGACCCUGGAAGCACAGAGCAAGAUAGAGUCAUGUAUGUCAGAGAGUUGUCUCGUUACCUCCAUGCCCAUCUAGACACGCCAAUCGGUGAAUACAACAUCGACUCAGAUCUAGAUGGAACUAUGAAGGACAGAUGGGUGAAGAGUAAGCCAUUCGAAGAUAAGGGUUAUGUAGAAUUGCCUGGCCUGUCUCCUGAAAUAAGUGAUGUCGAAGAUCUUGACUUUUUUGAGCUGAGUGACGACACAAGGAAACUGAUUUGCAUGGCUGAACCGCUGGGCCUGCUCGGACAGUUUGAAGCCGAAGGUUUCUUGCCUAAUAAACGAGCCCACAUGGCCAUGGGCCUUGCCAGCAUUGAGGUGGCGCAAACAAUGAGAUUAGUGUGGGAGAAAGCCAGCGCCAACAGAGUCUACAGGAAUCAUCAGGGUAAACGCUUCGGAUGGAGGGAUGUCUUCAAUAUCGCCGUCAAAUGGAGAAGACUAAUAGAUCCUGAUCAGCCAGUGUUAUGGAUUGACAUGAUGCCGUCAUCCAGCAUCGAGGCAGGCUUCAAUAACCACAUGAACCUUCUCAGGGGUCAGGUAUUCAACAUCAGAUUCACCAAGUAUUUCAACGUAGUUUUCAACCUCACCAAAAAAAUGGUGGCUCAGCACAACGGGAUGAUGAGCCAGUCAGGGAAAGGAGUAAACAAAUUCCUCUCCGCCCUGGACAAAGUGACCAGCUGUGAUGAGCUUCUUAAACUGGUCAAGAAGCAGAAUAUAGGAGACAACACACUGCCGGGUUUUAUGGUGUCUACAAAGAUGCCCAGUUUUAAGGAGAAAGGACAGCGUCUUGAAGGCUCCAUCAUCUCUCUUACUGGAGACGUAGCGGGCAAUGUCCUGUUUUCCUUGGAUACGGCGACCACCAAAAAGCGGACAGACCAGUUCCACACUGAGAUAGACUACAUCUGGGUUUUGCUGCUUGAUGAAAUGAAAAAAUUUCCAAACACCAAUAAAGAAAUAGAACCGGACUCAGUGGUCCGUCUGAUGCUUUCCAUUGUGUACUAUUUCUACAACCUCAUGCCGCUAUCCAAGGGAUCCAGUUCCGUUGCCUACAGUGUAGCUGUGGGAUUGAUAUUGGCUAUCGGUAAGGAGGUAACUGGAAGAAUACCAAAGGGGAACAUUGUGGAUGUGGAAGCGUUACUCUGCGGGAGUCCAGAAAACUUCACUGCACUCAUGAAGACUUGUAUGAAUAUCCAAAGGGCAUCGACCAAUAUUACAGAGUUACCUCUGGUGACAGAAACAUUUCCGACUCUGAGGACGAUGAUGGAAGCCCUCAACGCAGGGUCCAUGGCAUGCAGCUUCAACUGACAGUUUUUGCAGUCACUAACCGGUACCCUGCCAACUGUUGUUCAUCCCCUUACAUACUAGAAGACACUUGGUACGAGCACUAACCAUGGCCAUUGCUGUGAAUGGUACCAUGCAGUCACGCGUUGUACAUCUUUUUGAAUUCCAGGAGCCAAUCAUAUUAUGGGCAACUACAUGCACAUUAAGGGCACCUCAAAUUUGGAGAUUAUGUGAAACUUGCUUGCUGGCAAGGUACCACUUCAGUAAUGUUAGUUUAAAGAUGCUAUGUCAGAUUUUUGGCUGAUUUGACCCAAAAAUAUGGAUUUAAAAUUCAAUAUGUAUUUUGA